AUGUCAAUGGCACCGCAAAACCAAGGUAAAAUGGAUUAUUCAAGUCCAACAGAAACACAAAUAUCACCACUUCAAGCUCAUUAUCUAAAGAAAGAAUUAAUAUCUCGACAAAUACAAAAAGAGCUUGAAAUACUCUCUGAACAACAGCAAACAGAAACCAUUGCAACCACAAUUACUGAUAAUACUGAUAAUCCCAAUUUGGAAAUUACACGAUCAACACAAACGCCAUUUCUUCAAUUUAUAUUCUCCGAAUUCAUUCUCACUUUUCCAUUUCUCACGAAUACCGAAAAAGAUUUCUGGGUGAAAUGCUUGGAAUUCAUCAAAGAAUUUCAAAAAAAGAAUAUCAGCGGAUCAUCGACAAGAAAUGAAGCGACGAAACGACGACACUUGGUGAAUAAAAUUGUUAUGAAUUUGACACUGUUGUUGAACGCUGCAUGUAAGACUACCGCGGGAAAAGAUGAAGUUAUUACCGUGGAUUCUUUUGAAGGCGAAGAAGAGAAAAUGAAACCGAAAAUGGAAAUAAACGGGAAUAGACAGCAACAAAAUGGUAUUGGGCAUACAGAAAAUAACCAGCUGAGAAGUUAUUUGGUUAAUGGAUGGGAAUUUAAUAUUGUUGCUGUGAAAAGUGUAAAAUUCAAGCGUCAUUUUAGAGAUCAUUACCAUCUGGAAUAUGUAAUACUUACAAAACGUCCAAAAAGCAAUGCGACUGUUGUAGCUCGGCGACACAAACAAUUCCGUGCAUUAUACUCGAAGUUAAAAGUAGAAUUUCCUGAUAUCGAAAUUCCAUUAGUACCCACUAAAAUAAAAGAACCAAAUUUAGCAAAAUCAUGUGAAAAUAAUCGACUCAAUUUACGCGCGUAUCUACGAUCACUAUUAUCAAUACGCGUAUUAGCAAAAAGUAAAACAUUACGCGUAUUUCUCACAAGCAAUCCUAUUAAACUGACCGAUGAAGAAUUGAAAGAUAUGGAGGAGAGAAGAAAACUUGAUGAUAAAAGGGAGGAACAGCAACGAAUAUUUAAUUUGGAGGCGGGAAAACGUGCGAAAGAGUUGGAUCAGCAAGUUGAAAACUUUAAGAAAGGAUUGUUGGAGCAAGGUGGACUUUCAAAUCUUGCUAUUAUUAUCAAGGAAACAUCUUUAAUUACUGAUUUACCGCAGUCAUACCAAAAACUUUUUGAAUUUGGUGAAAUAAAUUUUGCAUCGACAUUAUAUUAUCUAUUCAUUGGAUCAGAUGGCAGCAGUGAGAAUCUCGCUCAACUGAAACGUGUUCACAGUCUCAUGCCAUACAAAGCACUCCGAGGAAUUCUUAAAAUAUCCAACCCAUUAUUGUUAAUGAAGGCUAUGUUGAAUUUAUUCAUGGCACAACCUUUUGGAAGUAGAAGUUUAUUGCAGAGGAUGAUAUCAAUGAAUUUAAGUGAAGAAAUCAAAGAAAUUGAAAAAGAUAUCAAUUCAUUACAGGAAAAACAUAAUGUUCCAGAAAUUUGUCAAAAGAUUCAAAAUUACGUGUAUGCUUCUCCAUCAAUUCAAUCAGCCAUAAGAGAAGAAGCAGACAAAGAGAAUAAAGAUACAAUAUCGUUCAUUCGCACAAUUUUAGCAUCACGCUCACUUGAGCCACAAGUUAAGACAGAACGAAUUGACGAAUUUUCCAAGGUUCAUGAGAAAACAGGGCAUAGUAAAAAAAAUAUUUUGAAAAAGUUAAUGCUGUUGUAUAUUAGAAAACGAGACAAAGAAAUGAUGAUUGAUUUGCUUUUUCAGGGAGUUACCGGGAAUCUCUUGCGUGAUCUCAUCAGCAUAUUUUAUGAACCUUUAGCUCGGGUUUAUAAGACUGCAAAUAUUGGUGAAUCGUUACCAGAUUUAUCUGAUUUCGUCGAUGACUUGAUCAAAGUCGUCGAACAAGCAGAGAAUAAAGCAAUCAUUCAAACGGAUUCAACACAAUCAAUCGUCCAAGUAUUCGUUUCGCUAGCGCAUCGACACAUGCAACCAUUCUACGCGUAUGUUCACUCCGUAUAUGCUGUAGACUCUACCAACCUAUUCACAUCACUCUUAAAUUGGAUGCAGGGAAUAAUCGAUUUCUUGCGCACUGGUUUCAAAGAGCCUCUGGACCUCGACCUUAUAAUAAACACACAUCUAAACAAUGAAGAACAGGCACAACUCUUCAUCGAUUUAGAAAAUUUAAUGGAAUGGCACACAUUAAGAAAACGGCGACAUUUGGAAAAUUUGAAAAGUGUUAUUUCUGGUGACGGCGAAAAUUAUAUUGGAGGUAUGAAUAAUGAAUUGAAAAAUAUCGUUGGCGUACACGAAGACGAUUUAGAAGAAAUUGAGUUUUUAGAGGAGAGUGACGGGGAUGGAUCUUCGUCCAAUUCAAUUGAUGAUGGGUCGUCACCUUUGGAUCAUGGGUAUGGCAGGUAUCAAUUGCCUCCAAUGCCCGAGCUAAAAGUUUUGCCGAAAUUAUUGGAUCCAUUUGUUGAGAGUAUUAUUAAAAAUAUAGAUGUAAAGACACAAAAUAUUUAA